UUUAGUAACAUUUCAUGUUUUCCCAAAUAGUGAAGGCUGUGUGUGUGUUGGGUUGCGAUGUCGGAUAUAGGAAGUGGUGAUGAAGGUUCAAGCUCGCAAAAAUAUCACCAGGGAAUGGAGCAGGGAAGUGAAUAUGAUUCUGGUCAGCAGCAAGUCGAGCAAGAGCUCGCUACCAAGAUGUUGCAGAUCCAAAGCAAACGUUUUUACUUAGAUGUAAAACAGAAUCGCCGAGGCCGCUUCAUUAAGGUUGCUGAGAUCGGAGCCGAUGGACGACGAUCUCAAAUUUUCCUUGCUCUUUCAACUGCUGCUGAGUUCAGAGACCACCUUUCCGCAUUCAGUGACUUCUACUCUUCACUUGGACCCCCAAACCCUGACAACGUCCCAGAAGAUGGUAAGCUUAAAAGCGAAAUGAUGAUCAAGGAUAAUCGCAGAUAUUAUUUGGACCUAAAGGAAAAUUCAAGAGGACGUUUCUUGCGAGUUUCCCAGAUGAUCACCAGAGGAGGGCCACGCAGUCAGGUGGCUAUACCCGCACAGGGUAUGAUCGAGUUCAGAGAUGCUCUGACAGAUCUACUUGACGAAUUCAGUACUGAUGAACAUUCUUACAAGCCUGACUUGCCGGAAGGUAGACAUAUGCACGUCGACAACAAAAACUUCUAUUUUGAUAUAGGACAAAAUAACCGCGGUGUAUACAUGCGCAUCUCCGAAGUGAAAACUAAUUUCAGAACAGCUAUUACCGUACCUGAAAAGAGUUGGCAAAGGUUCAGAGAUAUAUUAAGUGACUACUGUGACAAGAUCAAGCAGCCAUCUCAAGGUUCUGGUGGAGGUGUUGCUUCCCAAGAUCAGCCACAUCCAUUGGUUGGCAAUAACACCCAACAAGAUUCCGGGACAAGUUUAAAGUAGGCUAGCAGGCCAUUUUAGACUAUUAGAUUUAUUAAUAUAACAAAUUAAAAAAUUGGAUAGGAACAGCAGUCGAUUUUUUAACCACAAAAACAGAAAAAUAAUUUUCCCCUCUUUCAAUUAAUAAAUGUGUGAUUUUCGAAUGCCAGGCUGAGAAAUCGACCACUGUCUAAAAUAUUGAUCAGUUCAAGGAGUUGGUUCUUUUGUGCAGUGUUACAAACACUAUAAAUGUUAGAUUCUCUAUUAUAUGUUACAAAAUAAUACUAAAUUAUUUAUGUAUUUAUUUGUUUUAAGUUGUUACGGUAGUGAUGUUUUUACUUUUGAGUAAACCAUAGUCGUUACACGAAUGAUACUUUCUGUACAGAUAGGAGAAGGUCACGAUAGACGGUUUUUGGGUAGUUUAUACGCGGAGCACCCAGUACUACUCUUUUGAGUUAAAUGUUGCGAAUUAGGUUUAUUUUACGCGAACUAAGUUCUCUGUGGUACCAAAAGUACCGUCUAGCGCUGUCAGAAAGUAAGUACUUUUUACACAAUCUUUUACGUCUUUCCAUUAAAUAAUCGAAGUUUUUUAAUUCCGCAAUUGCUCGCGGUUCUUCACAUUACAAACGUAUUAAGUUUACUUCUUCACCUUACUUCUGCUUUAAUUCAAGACAUACACGAGGCCAUCAUUAGAGAAGAAAUGCAAAUUAAUGGCACUAUUAAACAAUAAACCAAAUUGAAAGAACCAAAAAAUGUGCCCGCAUCUUUUAAGUAAUCACUCCAGUAUUCUCUAGAACAAUAUGAAUUAUUCUGAAUGCCGUUUUGAUACAUGGCGUUUUCCAUGUUUUCGUUUGUUUAUUCCAUUUAAUUUCGCAACAUUUCCUUGUAGUCUGUGGCGACACAUUUUUCUUCCUAUUCUGUAUUGAAACAUGUAAAUUUUAAACGAUCAUCACUGCAAGCCUCUGCAAAUUUUUGCGAAUACUUCUUCAAUAUAUUUUUUUUGCUCUCUAUGUCUGGAUUAUUCCCGACAGUAGUGGGGAUAUGCCCGAUAUGGCAAACCCAUCCUACGUUUAGUAUGACUGGAUUUAUGGGCAUUAAUUGUUUCUUGUAUUACAAAAUUGUAAUCUCCCGUUACGAAAAAUAGACAAUACAUUAAUACUGUACUCCCAUUUACACAGUAGUAAUAUAUUGUAAAAUCUAGUUAUUUGACUUUUUAAUACAUGCAUGCAAAUUUUUUAACGGUUUUCAAAAUAGCCAAAUCAUUUCUUUGAUUUCGUUUGUCAGUAAAAAGGCCUUUUCCUAUCUACGACGAACGAUCUACAUUAAUACAGAUUGUUUUAUUAUAUAAAGGUUGCCAAUUGCCAUAGUACAUCCUGAUAAGUUGGGUCAGGUUACCCAACUUUACGGGUCUAUUGACUAUUGUUUAUUCAAAGGCUUACUUUAUUUUCAAAGGUUUGAUGGGCACCACUUUCUUGUGAUUUCAAAAUAUUAUGACGAUGUCAAACAUCGUCGAUAAUCUGUGAUUAUUUUAAUAACACUACAACAAAUAUUGUAUAUUAGUUCGUAACCUAUAAAGAACGCCAUAAUCGACACUAAAGUUGCAGCAACAUAUACCUAUCAGACCAGCCCUGUCAAAUAACUCUAUUAUGUUAAAGGCUGUUUUUGUAGGUUAUACCCUUAAAACAAUCUUUGUAGUAGUGUAGAAAGCUUAAUAUUUUUAUUGUAUUAAAAUUAAUCUUUUGUUAUACUGAAAAAAUAAAAAUAUAACGAAUCACAUCGUAA